AAAAUAUUUCCAGCGAAAUAUAUAAAUAGUGAUACUAAAUAGUGACAACCGAAAUAAUGUUCAGGUUGUGCAUUCGAAUACUAUUAGUGUUAUACUGUACAUGGAAUUUCGCAUUAGCGAUAAAUCCCUGGUUAUUGCCUCCAGGACAACGGCCUAAGGGUUACGAGGACACAACGACAACAAAACCGAGAACUACUCAGCAAAAUCCAACUAUGAAAAAACUCACAGAGGAAGAGAAAUGGAACAGGCAUGUAUAUCACACUCAAAUAACAUGGUAGAUAUCAUACUCAAGUUCAAAAUUAUUGUAACGUCAUUCACAUUUGUACGAUUACACUAUUGAUAUUUUUUGUUACAUGUUUGCUCAAACGGAAAUAAACAUUGAAUUAGUA